UUUUUUAGGGGUUUAAGAAAAUUAAAAGGGUAUAGGUGAGGACUAAGGACUUGAAUCGAAUCGUGGCCAUAUUAACACCAAAAACCACCGAGUUUGCAAUGGUCUCCCUCUCGACCUGGUUCCGAUACGUAGCCCACAAGUUUGAGUAUUCCGUCGCUCUCAGCUGGAAGAAUUAUAAAAGAGGUCAAAUUACUGACAGAGAAGUGGGUGAUGCCGUAUGGAGAAAUCUUCUUCAAGGAAGGCUAUCAUACUUGCAUUGGAACAAAGGAGAGGAGAUGACCCCAACUGUUGGUGGAGGGACUCUUCUUGUCCGGAAACUACCAGCUACUGACCCAGCGCAUGUUUUUGUUGGAGAUGUAGUAGUAUUGAAGGACCCCGAUAACCCAGAAAGUUAUAUAGUACGAAGAGUGGCUGCUAUUGAAGGGUAUGAAAUGGUGUCUACUGAUGCAAAUGAUGAGCCUUUUGUUCUUGAAAAGGACGAGUGCUGGAUCUUGGCUGACAACGAUAAAUUGAAGCCCAAGGAAGCCAAUGACAGUCGUAAAUUUGGUCCAGUUCCCAUGACAGACGUAGUUGGUAGAGUCAUGUAUUGCCUCCGAACAGCUGUGGAUCAUGGACCUGUGAAGAAUAGUCUCUACGGCAUGCGAAAAGAUAUGCCAGUGUUGAUGGUUGAACUGGACGUCGAUGAGCUGGCUAAAAAUCACAAAGCCUGAAGGCUGCAAGCUGCUCCCUCUGCAUAAAGCGCUGGCUCAUUUAGUUUGUAUGUAUUGCUUUCCCCCCAUUUUCUUAUGGGAUAAUUUUACCCUUCUUUCAUUCCUUUUCUCCUUUUUCCCCUAGUGGUUUGAAAGGAAAAGAAAAAGUAAAUAAACAAAUAUGGGAUUUAUAGGUUGGUCAUCACUUCAGAGAUGGUGGUCGAUUUAUGGCUGACCAAGUUGAGAAAUGGGAUCUUUCUUUUUUCAUAUUGAAGAAUACAAAACGGCCUGUGUAUCAAAAGUUUUAAGUCUCAAACUAUUUGUAAGCUUUUCUAAUAACAUUAUUGUUGUCUGGAAAACUUAUCACAAUAGAAGAAAAUCCACUCAUGUGGUCUCUAAUUUAGUAAUAUCUGGGUUCUUAUGUUUUAGAAGCCAUUUCUGGGUUUCAUUCCCAUGUAAGAUGAACCAGCUAUCUUUCCUUUGAAGAAUUUAAUUCAGAGGUUGUAUACUCUUCAAUAUGUGAAUUUCUUUCUCUUC